AGGUAAAAUUAUAUCCAAACCUUAAGGCCGAAAAUAAAUUGGGCCUGAAAAUAGAUGAACAGUUAGAUCAAAGAAAUGGAGGGAAAGAUCGCGUGGGCCGAAGAAAGUGCUAUUUUCAGUUGGACCAAAAUUGGGCCUUUAGGCCCAAUCCAAAACAGCACAAAAAGCCCAGAACCAAACUGAUGGCAUUGUUGUAAUAACGAUGAAGCUGAAUGGAUUUUAAGGCGCGUUCAGAAUUUCGGACUUCUCGUUCUCGGUCGCACCGCUUCUGCACCUUCGCUCUAUCCGUUCGUGUUACCAGUCCUCAGUCUCUGGCCAUGGCUUUCGUCUCCACAUUUUUCUCCGGCGAACCGGCGCUGCUCGUCGCCAGAGCUUCCGCCUCCUCCCUCAAGCACGCUCCUCAACUCCCUCCGGCUAAUUUGCGCUUUGUCCGCCCCGUGACCUUCGCCACGGCGUCGGACCAAGCCACUGCCUCCCGCCGGAAGCCUCGAGGCAUUAUGAAGCCCCGGAGCAUAUCGCCGGAGAUGCAAGCGCUCGUCGGCGUUCCGGAGAUUUCCCGUACCCAAGCCCUCAAGGUCAUUUGGACUCACAUAAAAGAACACAAUCUUCAGAGACCCGACAACAAGAAGAUCAUAGUUUGCGACGAGAAGCUGAAGAAAAUAUUCGGAGGGAAAGAUGAAGUCGGGUUUUUGGAUAUUGCAGGGUUAAUAAGUCCCCACUUUCUAUAAUAUUGCUCAAGGUAUCGAAAACCGACUUCUAGGAUCCUUCAGUUUAGUCCCUUAAAAUGAAGUUUCUUUUUUGUUGGGGGAGUCUCAAUCUGGUUGAUAUGGAUGGCUGCAGUUUCAGAGCCCCCCUUUAUGCUUGGUAGCAGUUGCAUAGAGAAGAAGCUUUUGCAAGAACUUUGUUUGGAGGUUUUAUGUAGGGAAUUGUUAUAUGGAAAUGUUUGUUAGCCAUUAGUUUUGGGUAAAAGUGCUUUCACUUUUGUGCUUGCAUUUGCCCCUACUUUGGUGUUGAGAGUAGCUUCAUCUUGUUUGCGUUCA